AUGUUCAAGCCACGAGUACUGGCGCCUCUAAGGGCGCUGGAGCGAGCCUUCACCCCAACAAUCCGGUCGACAACCGCGCUCUCCCAGUCGCAAUCCGUCCUACGAACACUCUCCGCAUCCACAUUCCCGAAAACCACACCUACACCCUCCCUCUCCCGCACGCUCCUCCCAUUCUCACAAGUGCGUUACGCCUCACACGCCUCGCAAGGAACAGCCAACCGACACUCCCGCGAUCCGGCUGGUAAGCGUCUCGGAGCCAAGCGCUCAGGCGGCGAGUACGUCGUUCCGGGAUGCAUCAUUUUCCGGCAGCGAGGCUCGAAGUGGUUCCCCGGCGAGAAUUGCGCCAUGGGCCGUGACCACACUAUCUACGCUACACAGGCUGGUUACGUCCAGUACUACCUCGACCCAUUGAAGCACUCGGAGCGCCGGUACAUCGGUGUUGUUUUCAACAAGGAUGAGAAGCUCCCACACGCGCGCAAUGCGCCCAGCAGGCGCAAGCUCAACAUGGUCUCUGUGCCUAUGGUGGAGAAGGUUGUCGGCCAGUCUGACCUUGUUGCCUCGGUUGACCAGAACGGCGUUCAGAUCUCUGACGUUGCGGCUGUCGAUGCUGAGUCUGGCCCCCAGUGGCGUCCCGGUUACAUGUACCGUGAGGCUAACUGGCAGAUUGGUCGUGCUGCUGAGAAGGCCGGUAUCACUGCUAUGCCUUAUGACCGUCGCAACCGUUGGUUGGCAUGGAGGAAGCGCGAGCAAAGAGCUGAGCGUGCUGCCCAAAUGAAGAGUCUGAAGGGCAAGAAGAAGACGAGCAAGAAAUAA